AUGUCUGAUCAUGAUGACCCUCCGCCCAUGCGGCCUCGCGCUCCAACCAUCACUAUUGAUACCACUGCUGUCAACUCUAAUACUUCUACCGACGCUCCCCAAGAAUCACAUCCUUCCAACCUACAAGACGACGCAGUCAGCCCGACAGCAACAGCUGAUCCUGCAACAAGCGCCGGCAUGUCGCAACGACCUUCGCGACCCGAAAUCAACACUUCUAUGAACUUCGAAAAUAGGGAUAGCAGACCAACAAGUCCUCACAAUGUUUCCAGUCCGGUAACAUCAAGAUCAGGCGACAUGAGUGCUGCAUACUUGUCUGUACCUAUGAACCACCGAUCACGACAGAACUCCGUCGAUUCUGAUGAUGGAACACGAUCUGUUUCCUCACAUGGCGAUACCACUGUUGUGGCGUCCAACUCAACGCAACAUGAGACGCUUAAAGGUUCCGAACAUGAUCAUAACAAGAUUAUCAACGACGAGACAGCCUUGAAGCCAGACGCUGGCACUGAGCAGGAUUUCGAGGUGGAAAACAACCCUUUCGCUUUCACGCCUGGUCAGCUCAACAAAAUGUUCAACCCCAAAAGCCUUUCUGCCUUUUAUAAGUUAGGUGGCAUUGAUGGUUUGGAAAAGGGUUUACGAUCCAACCGAAAGGCCGGUUUGAGUCUGGAAGAGAAAAGCCUGCCUGGACAUGUAUCAUUUGAGGACGCAACAUCUAAGAAGCAGACCGCCCCCGAUGAUCACACCGAUGCGCAAUCAGGCGAUAGCUAUGCCGACCGACUCCGUGUGUACAAGGACAACCGUCUACCCGAGAAGAAGGGCAAGAGUCUUUUGCAGCUUAUGUGGAUCACAUAUAACGACAAGGUCCUGAUCCUGCUGUCAAUUGCCGCUGUCGUCAGUCUCGCAGUGGGUCUGUACCAAACCUUUGGCGGAGAGCAUAAGGAUGGCGAACCAAGGGUCGAAUGGGUCGAAGGUGUUGCGAUUAUUGUCGCCAUCGCCAUCGUCGUUAUCGUCGGAUCCUUGAAUGAUUACCAGAAGGAACGACAGUUUACGAAACUGAACAAGAAGAAACAGGACCGUACGGUGAAGGCCAUUCGCUCGGGAAAGACGAUUGAGAUAUCAGUUUUUGAAAUUCUCGUCGGCGAUGUGAUCCACAUUGAGCCUGGUGACCUUGUACCAGUCGACGGAAUUCUUAUUGAAGGGUUCAAUGUCAAGUGCGAUGAGUCGCAGGCCACUGGAGAGUCCGACAUUAUUCGAAAACAAUCCGCCGAAGCCGUCUACAACGCUAUCCAGAACGGCGAUAAUCUUAAGAAGAUGGACCCUUUCAUCCAAUCUGGAGCCCGUAUAAUGGAAGGCGUUGGAACUUAUAUGGCGACUUCCGUUGGCGUUUACUCUUCUUACGGCAAAACUCUCAUGUCAUUGAACGAAGACCCUGAGAUGACUCCUCUGCAAGCGAAGCUGAAUGUCAUUGCCACUUACAUUGCCAAGCUCGGAAGUGCCGCUGGUCUUGUACUUUUCAUCGUUCUCUUCAUCAAAUUCCUUGCUAGCUUGCCUAAGAUGCCGGACUCUAUUUCACCCGCACAGAAAGGACAGCAAUUUCUUAACAUUUUCAUUGUUGUCGUUACUAUCAUUGUUGUUGCUGUCCCUGAAGGACUGCCUCUUGCUGUUACACUGGCCCUGGCUUUUGCAACAACUCGUAUGCUUCGAGAUGCCAAUUUGGUGCGACACCUCAAGGCUUGCGAAGUCAUGGGCAAUGCGUCAACAAUCUGCUCCGACAAGACUGGUACUCUGACCCAGAACAAGAUGCAAGUGGUAUCUGGAACCAUCGGAACAAGUCUGCGAUUUGGUGGCUCACAGCGCGGAGACGAGAGCGGCGCCUCUACUCCCGUGGAUACAAGUGGUGAUAUUAGCGUCGGUGAAUUUGCUAAGAUGCUCAGCAAACCGGUCAAGGAUAUUCUCCUCAAGUCUAUUGCCCUCAACUCGACUGCUUUCGAAGGUGAGGUUGAUGGCGAGAAGACCUUCAUUGGCUCCAAGACUGAGACAGCUUUGCUCAUCCUUGCCAAGAACCAUCUCGGCAUGGGACCUGUGAGUGAGGAGCGUGAGAACGCCAAGGUCUUGCAGCUUAUUCCUUUCGAUUCUGGCCGCAAGUGCAUGGGUAUUGUUGUCCAGAACCCUGACGGCAGUGUCCGCCUUUAUAUCAAGGGUGCCUCCGAAAUUCUCCUCACCAAGUGCACACAGAUUCUCAGCGACCCUUCCAACGACGCUUCUCUCGCUCCUCUGUCUGAAGAUAAUAUCGAAACUAUCAAGCAGCUCAUUGAGAGCUACGCGAAAAGGUCUCUUCGAACCAUUGGCAUCAGCUACAAGGACUUCCCCUCUUGGCCACCCAAGAAUGUCAACCAUGUCGAUGGCGGUAAGGAGGUUGUUUUUGAGGAUAUUUUCACGGAAACAGUAUUCCUUGGCGUUGUCGGUAUUCAAGAUCCUCUCCGAGAGGGAGUUAGGGAAGCUGUGAAGCUCUGCCAGCAGGCCGGCGUCACCGUUCGCAUGGUUACUGGUGACAACAAGAUUACAGCUGAAGCCAUUGCUAAGGAGUGUGGUAUCGUUCAACCUAACUCUAUCGUUAUGGAGGGACCUGAGUUUCGAAACCUCACCAAGCUCCAGCAAGAGGAAAUCAUCCCUCGCCUGCACGUUCUGGCACGAUCCUCACCCGAAGACAAGCGAAUCCUUGUUAAGAGACUCAAGGACAAGAACGAGACUGUUGCAGUUACCGGUGAUGGCACCAACGAUGCGCCUGCUCUCAAGAUGGCCGAUGUUGGUUUCUCAAUGGGCAUCGCCGGUACCGAGGUCGCGAAGGAAGCUUCAGCUAUCAUUCUUAUGGACGACAACUUCACGAGUAUUGUCAAGGCCUUGAAAUGGGGUCGUGCGGUCAAUGAUGCAGUCAAGCGAUUCCUGCAAUUCCAGCUUACAGUCAAUGUCACCGCGGUUAUUCUCACCUUUGUUACUGCUGUGUCCAACGAUGAAGAGUCUUCGGUCCUGACGGCCGUGCAACUUCUCUGGGUUAACCUCAUUAUGGACACACUUGCUGCUCUUGCUCUUGCUACUGAUCCUCCUCACGACAGUGUGCUGGACCGAAAGCCUGAGCCCAAGGGAUCAAGCAUCAUUUCCGUUACCAUGUGGAAGAUGAUCCUUGGACAAUCAGUGUACCAGCUUGCCAUUACAUUCCUCCUUUACUAUGGUGGCCCCAAGGGUAUUCUGCCAACAAGCGAAACUCCUUCGGCCGAUGAGAUCAAGACACUUGUUUUCAACACUUUUGUCUGGAUGCAGAUCUUCAACCAAUGGAAUAACCGCCGUCUGGACAACAAGUUCAACAUUUUUGAGGGCCUCACCAAGAACUGGUUCUUCAUCAGCAUCAGUGCCAUUAUGUGUGGUGGACAAGUCCUUAUCAUCUUUGUCGGUGGCGCAGCUUUCCAAAUCGCCAAGGAGAAGCAAAGCGGAACUCUCUGGGCCAUUGCCCUUGUGCUUGGCUUCCUUUCCAUUCCUGUUGGUGUCAUCAUUCGCUUGAUUCCUGAUCAUUUAAUGCUGGCUUUGAUCCCCGAGUUUCUGAGGGAACGAGCCAAGAAGGUGCCUGGCCUCACAAUUUCUGAUGAAGAGAUGAGCAUGUAUCCGGAGCCGUUGGCGGACGUUCGUGACGAGCUCAACUUUAUGCGCCGCAUGAAGGGAGGACGCCUGAACAACCUCAAGUUUGCGAUCCAGCAUCCCAAGGAGGCGGUUGAGAUGGUCAGGUCUAGAAGUCCUUCACAUUCUCGAUCCAACUCAGUUAAUCCGCCACAAACACCAACGCAGGAGAACCCCUUCGAAGGGUCACCGAUCGGAACACCCAGUUCAGCGAGAACUCGAUCUGUGAGAUCGCGUUCCAACUCUGCGCUCGGAGCACCGACAGUAAUGGCGGGUAUCGUGGCAGCAGGUGUAGCAGCCGGCUGGCAACCGAAAAUGCGGCCAGAGGAGAAUGGAGAUCACCAAGACGUGCAUAAAUAG